AUGGCCGAUACGGAGGCAGUGGCUGGCACUGAAGCCAUUCCACCUACCCAAAAUGAGCAGCACGACUCCGCAGCUAAGAAGAAGCAAGCUAACUCCUAUUAUUACUGGCAUAACCACGAGAAAGAACGAGCGAAGGUAGGCGAUGUUGCGCCUAUGCCGAAACCUGUUUUGCUGAAGAAGUCCGACCCAUCGGUGUUGCCAGCUUCCACAGCAAGUUAUCCGAUCACGAAGCACAGCUGGUGUGACGGUAAGAAGAAUGUUACGGUAUACAUUGACACAAAACUGGAUGAAAAAGAAACAAUGGUGGAAGACACGCUACAGGUGGAAUUCGGAAAACGCCGUUUGACAGUGUCGUACAUUGCGAAUGUGCAGACCUCGAAGGAUGUCGCAACGCAGCGAAGGAAACAACUUGUUCUUUGUUUGGCAAAGGCAAUAAAGAGCAAAGAAAGCAGCUACAAAGUCAAGGACCCGAGUGGGCAGAUUGUGAUCCGACUGGCAAAGGCUGAAGAGACAUCGUGGUGGGAGUUGGCUAAGAAGGAUGGCAAGUUGUCCGAUGCAGACGAUUCCGAUGAAGAAAACGAGGGCAAAGCGGACGAGGGGGACGGUGCUGCCGAAGAAAAAGCUUAA